AUGCCAAUGAGUAUCGAUUUCUAUUAUUUUCAAUCUGUUCGCUUUGCUACAGCAGACUACUGUACCUGGUGGACGUUUACACUGUUUAGUUUUGCUGUUAUAGGCGAAUUUUUAAUGGCAAAAACGUUACAUCUUCUAUUAUUUGCCUCUAAUAUUAAUUGCGAUGGCAGUCAAUGGGAUUUCACUUUGCCGGUAUGUGGCUUUGCGAACUGCUAUUUUCUGUACGAUGCCACAUUGACAUUGUUCGAUUAUGUGUUUAACAAUACUGUACCACUAGCUGUGAUUUUUAUUGCGAAUGUCGUGCUUAUAAUUCGAGUUGUCCAACAAAAACGUCACCGUCAACAACGUUUUGUUUGGAAAAAACACAGACGAAUGACUAUACAAUUAGUUUGUAUUUCAAGCCUUUAUCUAAUCGCAUGGUCACCGGUGAUCAUUGAUACAUUAAUACUGAACAUCAGUCCUUCGCCGUCUUUGAUUCAAUUCCAUAUGAACUACGUAUCAGAAUUUCCAAAUCUAGCAUGUUACGGACUUCCUUGGGUCUAUGCUGGUUUACUGUCUGAAUUCAAGAAAUGGAUGUGGAAGAGAAUAAGUCCGGCAAGAAUAGCAGUGCACACUGUGCAACCGGUAUAA